AUGCAUUUGAUGUACACUUUGGGACCAGAUGGUAAGCGUAUCUACACUUUGAACAAGACCACUGAAGAUGGUGAGAUCACCAAAUCUGCCCACCCAGCGAGAUUUUCUCCAGACGACAAAUACUCCAGACAAAGAGUAACAUUGAAGAAGAGAUUCGGUAUGAUUCCAAACUGA